AUGCCCGGUGGGCUGUAUAACAUAUCAAACGUUGGUGUUCGGCUCAUGGGGCUAUUAUAUGCCGGGAAAGUCGAAUGUUAUGAUAAUAAGCGCAAACAAAAAACCACCUUUCCCUUCUUCAUCGACAACAAACUCUACGGCCGGAAAUGGAUGCAGCAAAUAGGAUUCCUCAUGGAUUUCAUCUUCUUCGUCAUCCCGGCCUUCAAUUUCAAAUACUACACCUCCCCAGAACACAUCCACGCCUUCCAGGCCAUGUAUUUCCUCAGCAGUUUUUUCAAUCAAUUCGGUCCCAAUGCCGUAACCUUCCUCGUCGCCGCAGAAGUCUUCCCCACCCCGAUCCGCGCAACAGCCCACGGCUUCGCCGCCGCAGUCGGUAAACUCGGUGCUCUCCUCGCUGCCAUCCUUUACAAUUACAUCGACACCCAGACCAAAUUCUAUGUCGUUCCCUGGUUUGGUCUGGCGGGCAUGGUUCUCACUUGGCUCUUCCUCCCAGAUACCACUGGCCUGGAUCUCAAGGAGCAGGAGCGCCGCUGGUACUUUCUCCGCAGUGGCCGCGAGAGCGAAUACCACGGCCCAGCCGUCCACCCAAAGCAUCUAUCGCUCUGGGAACGCAUCCGCGGCGCUGGCAAGUAUUACGAUCCCGAACUGGACUACAAGCGCAAGGUCGACGAGAUGCGCGGCGACUGGGAGUCGCUCGUGGCCCGACAGGCUGCGGAGAAGGAGUUGCAGUUCGAAGAGGAUGACCUGGAUGAGGGCCUUAAGCAUGCACAUGUCCGGUCGUAUUUCGAGCGGACCAGCCCGAUGCUUUUCGCGAAUGAGAAGAAGCUCGGCGUCGGCGUCGGCGUCACUGCCCUUCAUGGCAAUGGUGGCGAAGGCAGACCUGGGAACCCGACCGAUGAUAUUAUUUCUCCGGCUCGAUUUUCCGACGAGAUGUUGCCACCGCCCAGGGCCGAUUUGGGGAGCAAGCUUUCCGACUAG